AUGCCAACGCGAAUACUGAUCGUGGGAGCUGGAGCUAUUGGUGCCUUCUAUGGUUCUCGCCUUGCUACCGCACCGCAUACAUUGGUCUCCGCCCUUUGUCGCUCAAACUACAAGGCUGUCAAAGAUCAUGGUUUCCAGUUGACCAGUCCAGUCUAUGGUCAGUCAGGCUUUCGGCCGGAGCAGGUCUUCCGCCAUAUUGGUGAGGCAAAGCGGGCCACGUCGAAAUUUGAUUACCUGCUGGUGGCAACGAAAGCAAUCCCGGAUGUGCGCGAUGACAGUGUUAUACUAGAAGGACUCGUAGACCCGGGCACGAGCAUUGUGCUAGCGCAGAAUGGCAUGGGUAAUGAAGCACCGUACAGGACGCGAUUCCCUCAGGCACGCAUUCUCACUGCAGCCGCAUAUGCACACGCCGUACAGGAGAGUCCGGGAGUCAUCAAGCACCAUGCAUGGACGAAGAUGUCAGUGGGGCCAUACCUAAAAUCGCCUGAUGCGCAGUCUCUAUCAGCGACGAGCGAAGAAAGUGUACUGCAGUCCUGCUCACACUUUGUGGAACUCCUCAAGGCAGGCGGGAUAGAGGAUGCAGAGCUACACGACGCCACAAGCAUACAACAAAUUCGUUGGUCGAAAGUCGGCAUCAAUAUAGCCAUGAACUGCACUUCUGUGCUUUGCGGCGGAUCCGAUAAUCGAAGCAUGACACUUGACGAGAACUUGGCGGACCACCUACUGGCGGUCAUGUGGGAGCUUCGUAGAGCUGCCCCUACUAUAUUGGAGUCAGCAGUGCCACCUACUUUGCCUACUCCUGAACAGUUCUUGAGAUCCAUUCAGCGAAACACCGGAUACGAAGGUAACAGAUCAAGCAUGCUUGUAGAUUGGGACGAGGGUCGUCCCAUGGAACUCGAAGUCAUUCUUGGCAAUCCUCUGCGGAUGGCAAGGGAGAAAGGCGUUGUGAUGCCUCGUGUUGAGAGCAUGUAUGCCCUCUUGAAGGUAAUGCAGCAGAAUAGAGACCGCAAGUCUGUGAAGAACAGUAAGCUAUAA